UGUGUGUGAAGGAGGGAAGCGGAGAGGAAAAACACGGCGUUAAAAUGCGCGGAGAAAGUGCGCCGAGGGCGACGCGAGGGUAACGGCCGCGCUCCUCUGCGAUUCUGGGGGGCUCUUCUCGAAGCAUGUCAGGGACGGCACAUGGGGAGUCGGAGGGAGUCUCCAAAGUUCAGGUGAAACGGCAGAUCAAGACCAUCGUGGAGGAUCUGGAAUGCAUCUUGGGCGACUUGAAGGAUGUGGCCAAAGAGCUGAAAGAGGUUGUGCAUGAGAUAGACUCCCUGACAUCAGACCUACAGCUGGAGGAGGAGAUGGCCGACAGCUCGAAAACAGACACACUGAAUAGCAGCUCCAGCAGUACCACCACCACCACUACAGCCUCCAGCAUCGAGAAAAUCAAGAUCUACCCUGAAGACACCUUACUCCGACCUCCGUCCGUUAACCCCGGCGUGCUCACGGUCCUGAAAAGGCCCCAUCCUCCUCUACCACCUCCACGUCUGACACCACUCAGGGCUGGGGACCACAGCAAGAGCCUGUCCUCAGGGAACCUAGCCAAGGCUAACGGCACGCUCAUGCGGAAUGGUGGCUUCCCCACCAAGCCCAUAAACAUACCCAGCAGAGACUCGGCUUGUGGGCCUAAAAGCGUGACGGAGAAAGAACUGACACCAAUGCCUCUUUUGAGGCACAAAAAAAGCCGGUGUCCCCAGGUGACACGGGAGCGGGUGAGGUUUAGUGAAAAGGUCCAGUAUCACGGCUACUGCCCGGACUGCGACUUACAGUAUGACAUGAACAACACGGAUAUGCACUUACACACGGAAUUGAUCGACACCAAGCUAAGCCCUGUCCAUCAAUGCUCCUCUUUGGCACCGGCCCACGUCCUGAUGGAAAAUGGCGGCCUGAGCCUCAGUCAUAGCUUUCCCCCUUCGACUCCACCUUUUGUGCCUCAUCACCCGACUCAAAAACCACAGAAAACCAUUCUACGCAAGUCCACCACAACAACUGUUUGAUAUAUAAGUCACCCCUGAAUUGACAUUUUGUAAUCUUUAUAUUUUUUAUUUGAUGUCAUGAGCACUUUCUACUCCAGUGAAAAUGGAUUACCUGAAGAUUGAUAAAAAAAGAUAAGGACAGGGAAAGAGGAUGAAAGUGACGUCUGGCUUACUUCACCGGAACUCCAAACGGAGUAAGUGAACGGUCCCUUUGUACGGCAGAAGAGACACCAUUCGCAGACAACCUACUGAUCACCUCAAUUUCGUCAUGUGAUGCACAGCGAGGGCUCACCGCAUCUGACAGAAAGCCCUCAGAACCGCUACCGAAUAAUUUACAGCCAUUGGCCCCAAAGGCACCGUCUUAGACGUAGGGAAAAGUACGACAAAAGUAGGAAUCAUGCCGUAAGAGCUUGCGACUUACGGCUACCGAGCUGAGUCAUCUACAAUUAGAGGCUAUGUUUAAUCAUACUGUACACGGGGGGAUGAAAAUGCUUUUUUUUCUUUGUGUUCUUGUGAUUCCACCAGGAGUGGCGUACUCUUGGAAUUGCAAAAAAAAAAAAUCUCUUUGAAAUUCCAGAAAAGAUGUGGUAAAACGAAACCUGUGACUACUUAUCAAAAUAUAUUUUUUCAUCUAUAUUUGUGUGGUUAUCGGCAUUCUGUAUCACUUCGGUCGCAGAAACGAUCAACCCUAGAGCGACCCCAAAACGCCGUCAUUUUCUGUAGCUUAAGUCACUGUUGAGAAGAGUGAUAUAUUAUUGCUGCUAUAACAGUCAAAACAUGGAACAUGGUCAACUUUAACGUGAUGCCUACGCUGUCUAAUUUGGCUGUUGUAAUUGCUAUCAUUAUUCUGAGAAUAGGAGCUUUCCUUUCAGUUAGCUUUGUAUAUCAUGGUUCACCUCUGAAAGAUAUGGAUGAGACAUAUGAGACAAAAAUGGGAACUUAAGUGUCCAAACACAGUCUAUGUUUUAUAAAGAGGAUUUUGAGAUAUAAAAGAGCAUAUUUUUGAUAUUUCUUGAGAUGAUUUUAAUGACGAUUGCUUUCCUUUUUUGCUGGACUGUAAUCUCUGCAGGGCAUAUAUUUACAUAAUUUAUUUAUGUAUCAUUCAAAGAUAUAGAAGAUGUCUGGAAAUUUUCUUAUAUUGCGGAGGUGUGCUUACGUGAGGUUGUGUUUAUAAAACCAAACAAGUUAUUUUAUGUGUAUUCCCUGACAAAAGCAUUGGAAUUCUAGUCGGGCCUGCCAUGCAUUUUGGGAAUAUAUACUUAGUGUCCUCUUAUUUGAAACACAUACCUUGUACUCCAACUCACAGCUCUAACCACCUUAUAGGUCCACUAUACAGGUGUACAAUUACAGAUUGCAUGCGCAGUUUGUCAGCCACCCUCUACCCCAUUCAUCAUUGACCAGUUUCUGACCACAAGGCCUCUGCUGACCAGAUAUUGCUUGGAUGACGGACUGUUCUUAACACUGACAUGUUAAUGGCAUGUUUCAGACACGGCAGUGUUUUUUACAUGCAUUAGUGUCGCUCGUAGAUUGAGAGUAGUUUGUUAGCCAAAAAUAUCCACCCAAGAUGAGCUCUAUUCAGAAACUGGCCGUUGGUGACGUGCCAGAGGACGGCUGAUACACAUUGCGCAACAUAUGGGCUAUAGUCAAGGUCAGAGCUUCCAAUAAUGUAGUGCUACAGCAUAAGAGUCUUCAAGCAAGACUCUUAACACUGUGCUACAUUCAUCUAAAUUCUAUUAUUGAGCAUUUAUGAAGCAUAUUAUU